GCGUGUGGUUGGGUUUUGUUCAGUUCUUUUGACUCUUUGAAAGGUUUGAAACUGUUUGCGAAAAUGUCGAAGCGGCCUUGGGAACCAACAGACGGUGCGUCUGACUUCAAGCGACGGAAAACUGGAGAGAGUCAUGAUACUCCACCGUCGAAAGUCGUCCAUGUGCGAAAUGUGGCAGAUGGCACGAAAGAACAUGACCUAACUACCGCGGUGAAAGAUUUUGGGAAAGUGUCGUAUGUUACCCUUAUGCCUAGAAAUCGACAAGCUUUGGUGGAGUUUGAGCAAGUCGAGUCAGCCAUUGCUCUCGUGCAGUAUGCAAAGGACCAGGAAGUGCCGCUCAAUGGCCGUCCUGCUUUCUUCAACUAUUCCGUCAGCCAAACCAUAAAGAGAGCUGGCAAUGUUGGAGCAGCCUAUCAAGAGUAUGGCCCAAAUAAAGUUUUGUUAUUUACAGUCCUCAACCCCAUGUAUCCAAUCACAGUCGAUGUUCUGCACACUAUUGGUCAGAGACAUGGUGAAAUUCAGAGAAUUGCAAUCUUUCACAAGAACGGUGUGCAGGCUCUGGUUGAAUAUGCGAGUGCCGAGCAAGCAGCUACUGCCAAGGUCGCUCUGGAUGGUGCUGAUAUCUACGCCGGAUGUUGCACUCUCAAGAUUGAGUUUUCCAAGACUGACCGUGUCAACGUUGCGUUCAACAAUGAGGAAAGCUUUGAUUACACCGGUGCUGUGCCGAAUACUGGCCGCCCAUCACUGGCUGGUGGACUGGGUCGAGGUGCACCAUACGGUGCUGCGGCUGCUCCCGGUGCGUACGGUGGAUACGGUGGCUUUCCGGCGCCUGGCACAGCUGCUGGUGGCGCUCUGCAGCCAUCGCCAGGCCAGCAGUUUGGCGCGCCGCAGUUUGAUGCCUACGGUGCUCCCACUGGUCAAGGCCAGUUCGGAGGAGCCGCACGCUUUGGUGCAACGGGUGCUUUUGCCGGUGAUCCCGGCGCAGUUGUCAUGGUCUAUAACCUGGACCCGGAGCGCAUCAACUGCGAGCGUCUCUUCAACUUGUUCUGUGCCUACGGCAAUGUUGUGCGGAUCAAGGUGUUUGUGAAGAAACUGGGCAGCGCACUUGUACAGAUGGACCGCAGAGAGGGCGCAUCCAAUGCCAUCCGCUUCCUGCACGACGCUGAGUUCAUGGGGCAAAAACUGUCACUCAGCUUCUCCCACCAUGCAGUGAUCGAGGACCGUGGCCUUGUUGGUCAGCUGGCAGACGGGACCCCUGCUGUUGUGGAUUUCAGCCACUCGCGCAAUAACAGAUUCCAGAGUGCGGAGCAAAGUCGCAAGAACCUUAUGAUUGCUCCGACAAAGACGCUUCACUUUUUCAACGCACCACCCGACGCAACUAUGGAGGACUUGAAGGCGGUGUUCACCAAUGCAGGCGCUCCUUGUCCGAUUAACGUCACUCUCUUCUCCAAAAAGCCCGGCCAGAAAGAGGAGAGGUCCAAGCAGUCCGGCUUGAUGGAAUGGACCACUCCCACGCAUGCCCUCGAGGCUAUGGCCAUUUGCAAUCAUGUCACGCUCACACCGGCAGGUGCUGCGUACACACUGAAACUGGCUUUCUCCCUCUCCAACUCCAAGGCAGGAGGAGCUGCUGGAGGAGCAGGAGUAAAUGCCUAUGGUAGCAGCUGCAGCAAUACCGGGUCAAAUCUUGCGUGAGGCGGGGCUAAUUAAGAGUGAACAGCGGCAGCAGCAGUAGUAUUUGGUGACAUCAUGCCAAACAGCUCUUCUGAGAUUUGCGGUGGUUUUUACUGCGCCCUGGCAUGUUGGUUCUUGUGCUUCUAUCGGCCUCACUUUUCUGAUGGCUGCUUGUGUGCGUGCAAUGAAUGUGUGUGUGUGUGCAUGUGUGUGUGUGUGUGUGUGUGUGUGUGUGUGUGUGUGUGUGUGUGUGUGUGUGUGUGCGUGUGUGCGUGUGUGCGCACGCGCGUGUGUGCGUGUGCGCACGCGCGUGUGUGCGUACGAGCGUGGUUAUAUCUGUUUCUGUGCUCUGAUUGUUGUCUCGCCUUUAUUUUGCUUGUCUGUGCAGUAGGGAGCUGCACUCCUUACUCUCGUCACAACAUGCAGUCCAGCAUAGCUGUAGAUCAUGCAGCAGGCAUGGCGGCAUGCUGUUCUCAUUGUGAUUGUACAUAGGCUUCCUAUCGUUGCUGUCUGCUUCGAGCCCUGCCCUGCUCUGCCUGGUGCAGUGCCGACCGCCUUCCACUGGCCCCGCUCCUCCUCACUAGGCUCUGUUCUGAAUUUUAGUCCUUUUUAUCACUGGUGAUUGUCGUAACUGUACCGAGUAUGCGUUCUGUCCACUCCUUUCUGGUGUUUUUCUUUCUUACUCGUCUCGAUCUUGUAGGCUUCCUGUCCACUCCUUUCUGGUGUUUUUCUUUCUUACUCGUCUCGAUCUUGUAGGCUUGCGGGCGUGUGCUUUAGUUUCCUUCUUUAGAUCAUGUGUAUGUCCAAAAACGAUCACGCUUUGUUGCAGA